GACGAUUUCUUUACAAUCCUUCCAGACAGAGACCGAGCAUCUGCCAAGCAUCACGCAUCUGCUUUUGAAAGGUUCCUUGACGGAAGUCAUGCCGUCUUCGAACGUAUUCUUCUUAUUUUGGUUAGCCCAUGUGCUCUAUACGCUGUCCACACAGGGCUCAACUGUGGGCGAGCUGAAACGUGUUCAAGUUUAUAACGAAACAGACGAGGCAAACCUGCAUUUGAUGUUCAAAAAAUAUGUCCAAACACACAACAGGACAUACAUAAAUGAUCCGGAGGAAUACAACAGACGUCUUUCUGUUUUUAAGGAAAGCCUUGCGAGACAUGCCAGGUUAAAUGCAAGAGAGUCUGAACUAAAUGGGACAGCUGUAUAUGGUAUAAAUCAAUUCUCUGAUUGGACUCCUGAAGAGUUUAAAGAAUUUCUAAGAAGAGGAAGCCAGAAAGAUCACAGCCUUCUCAUAAAAAGUUAUCAAACACUUGAAGACUGCAGCUGUACAUUAAAACUGAAUGCUUCUGCAACACCACAUAACCAUGACUGGAGAAAAGAAGGAAAAGUGACAACAGUGAAAAAUCAGGGAAAGUGUGGAAGUUGUUGGGCAUUCACUGCAACUGAGUGUGUGGAGAGCCAGUGGGCCAUUGCUGGUAACUCUGUGACAGAACUCAGUGUUCAAGAGCUGAUUUCCUGUUCGAAACCCAAGGGUUGUUCUGGUGGAAAUACAUUACUAGCUUUAGAUUGGCUUCAAAAACACCAUUACACACUUGCUCCUGCCACUGAAUUUCCGUAUGUUGAUAAGGAAACAACCUGCAAAAAUGAUCUCUUGAAAGAGAAAGGUGUAAAGAUAAAGUGUGGUUGUCCAGUGUUGAAUACAUCAGAGAGCACGAGGAUGAAGGAACUAGUCGGUCUGCACGGUCCACUUGCUGUUAAUGUUGAUGCUACAAUGUGGCAUGAUUAUCUUGGUGGUAUUAUUCAACAUCACUGUACAGACACUGAUAUUAACCAUGCCGUACAAAUCACCGGAUACGACUUUAAUGGCCACAUAUGGUACUGGAUUGUCAGAAACUCAUGGGGACCUAGCUAUGGUGAUAAUGGAUAUCUUUACAUUAAAAUGGGCGAUAACUUGUGUGGUGUAGCUAACUCGCCGUCCUUUGUUGUAAUAUAACAAGACGAAUCCUGUGUCAGCGCCAGACUCGUCCGCAGAUUCUCGGCCGCUUUUUCGUUGGCAUCAUGGGAAGGAUUUUGUUUGGCCGCAUGGGUUGAAGCGAAGGCUGACCUUUUAUUGUUUUUUUUUUUUUGUACUCUAUUAGUGCGCCAAAUCACGUGAUGUAGUUACUAGGAACCAUUUUGCUUGUAACAAUAAUUGCAACUGGAAGGAUUUUGAACACUUUUUUUAUUUAACAUGUCGAUUUUGUUUACGUAUUUUUAUGUUUUUGUAAUGAAGAGCAACUGCAAGUUGAAAAGAAUUAAUGUACAUAGUGUAUUCAAGUUAACAAAAGUUGUCGGAGCGGUUUCAAUUGAGUGUCGUAAAACCAGACUACUCAGCCAAAUAUCUCAAACCGUAGUAAAACCAAAACCAAAGUAAUUGCCUGAUUACUCUCCACACUCAUUUAAAACCGUUCUAACAAUGAGAAGUAAGAAGUAUUGUUACAAUUUGUAACGGAAAUCUGCUGGCGCCAGUUACUUCCUCCAGAGGUAAAUCUAUAGAAAACAGUAAUAGUAACAGUAACUCGGUCACUGAUACUUGCUUAUAAUCCAUCAAAUAUUUUCGCUCGCGCCCGAUUGCUCUAAACGCGUCACGUGACUAAAUAUGCGCGAGAUAAAACUGGGAAAUAUCCAAGUGAUGUUCCCCAAUUUUCAAAACUGUGCGUGUUACGAAAAAUAUAAAGAGAAUAAUCAUGGACACAAUAGCCCCCUAGCUUUUGGCCCGAAAAUAGGCUCGGAUAUUUGUGCUUGGACAUUAUCUGUUCCAAGAAGCCAACAGUUUUCCAAGAGCGUAGCUCGAGGAAAACUGUGAGCUUCGAGGAACAGAUAAUGUCCGCGGACAAAUAUCCGAGCAUAUUUUCGCAACAAAUGGAGGCUAUUGUUUACAUAUUGUUCCGUAUGUAAAUUUAAAGUUACUAUAAGUAAAAAUCUUAAAAGAUUUUAAAUUAGCGAAGAAAUUUACCGUUGGCGAAAAGAGACAUUUUGGUUGAUUUACGCUUGCGCGUAAAUUCAUUUUAUAAUUUUUUUAUUCGAUGUAAUUUCAUAGUGAAAUAAAAAUAUAGUUUCAUCAUA